GCCGAGUGAUCUUCAAAGGCAACGGACACUUCAUGCAGUGGCUCAUCAUCCGGCUAUGAAAUGAAUCAGUCAAGUGAACAACAAGUGGAAAUUUCUAUUGCUGACUCGGUUGGAUUUCAAUGCAAUAAUGACCAAAAUGACCUUAUUUCUAGUGAUGACCCUCUCGAUCUUCGAUCUCCUGAAAAACGUAGUGGCAAAGAAAUGGAUCGGCCCUUGCAGCAGGAAAGCGCCAAAGCGCAGUUGAAAGAAACAAAAUGUAACUUUUGCAAGAUGAAAUUUGGGCCAAAAGAGAUGAAGAACUUUUCAAAUCACUGCACCAAUAUUCAAUGCAAGGCCUGCUUGCAAAAAUUUGACUGCGUCACUAAAUUGGCCUCUCACCGACGAUGGCACUGCCCUAAUUUUGAUAAAGACAGAAGGGAAAAAAGAGUCAAACUUACAAUUAGUAAAAAUUGUAAAAACUAUUACAAAAAACUUUGGUGUGAUUUUUGCUCGCAAUACAUAAAAUGUUGGCCCAGAUAUAUGCAAGAUGUGCAUAAAAUGGAGAGAAAUUGUAAGAAAUGCAAUUUAACCCUUUCCUGCAGCGGACUUGCUGCGGCUCACAAAUGCGGCUCGAAGAAAAGCCGGGGAGAAAAUCGGAAGAAAAAACAGCCCAUCCCGCCUAUUAGAGAAAAUCAGAAUUCUUGCCCUUUCUGCAUGAGGACUUACUGGGGCAAAAAAUUUCAUUUUGAAGAGAAAUACAGGUCGUGCCAAAAUUGCAGCCAAAUUUUCCAAUGCAACGGUUUUCUCAUGAAACACACGGCUUACAAGUGCAGAGGCAGUUGCAAAUUUUGCGGCCAAAUUUUGACAAAAAGAAGCAAAGAAUCGCACACGAGAGAGAGGCGCUGCGAAAGUUGUCCUCACGUCAGCCAGUGUUUCAAACUCCACAGGCAGCAUCAGUGCCCGGAAAAGUGCGACCAAGAGAUGGAAAUUGGCCAACAACCUGCGGAAAAUAGCUCUGACGAAAUAAAAAUCGUCGAAAGUGGGUCGAAUUCGAAAGGAUUUCACGAAGAGCCUCGUAAGCUGCAGUCACUGAUUAUGACGAAGUGCAAUUUUUGUCAAAUUUUGUGCAACUCGGAGGAAAAUUUUGAGUGUCACACGCGGAAGACGGACUGUCCCCGGUGCGGAUUCGCCCAACCGUGCAACACCCUUUUGGCCCAUCACUUGGACUUGUGUCGUUUUGAACGAGAAGAGCCGGAGAAAUUUCGGUGCAGCGAGUGCGGCAAAGAAUAAUAAGUUCAGUGAG